AUGGUGUUUUGGCGUGUGGCCGCAGUGUCACUGUGGCCCUGCAGGGGGCACUUCAUCGAGCUUCCGGGUCUUCGUUGCACGGAGCUGCCACAGCAUCCACUGGGCUCCAAAGGCGACCGCUGGAGUGACGACUUGGAACUGGACGCCAGGAAUGCUUGCGAUGACACAGAUUCGUGUACUGGCUUCAUGCGAUACACAGGUGACAACGAUCAACACUGCUUCGACUGGUGUGGUCGGCCACAAUUUUGCAUGCCCGUGUCGGACCAGGACAAACGUCCGUUCGCACCGAAUGCGGCAUGGACCAGCUACGUAAAGUCGGAGUACUUGGAGGGUCUUGGAAUCUCCCAUGCAGAUCUUCGUGGAUACCUCCCUGGACGAGCGCAGCCAAAGAAGCCCCUAGAUGGCGAGCUUGCGCGCGAGGUGAAUUGCGAUGGAACUGGCUUCGGACAAAGUUCCGAUGUGAUGCUCAUAGGACCAGACCGGCUCAAUGGUGUGGUGAAUGGCUCCCAUCCCCUGCAGCCUGGCUGCCACGUUCUUUAUUUGUCAGUUGGUGACCCGCCGGAGUUGCUCAACAACCAAGCAGUGCAUGGCGUGUUAAGCGAAAUCGAGGAUGCAGUGCUGCCAGUCUUCUCUGCCAGCGUGCCAGAUCAGGAUUUUGCUCCAGGCACUGCGCUGCCCAAGUUGCCCAGGCGUUACUACUUUGAUGCUGUGCCUGAAUUUCCCACCACGGUUGCCUACAGAAAGAAGUAUGUCCUGUCGGUGUAUUUUUUGUCUCCAGAGAGUUAUUGCCCUGGUCCAAACAAUACACGACUCAGCCCUGAGAAGGUGAAAGGCGAUCUUUCACCACAGCAUGUCUACAUCGAAGAUGGAACUCAUCAAACACGGGAAGCUGCGUUUAAGCACUAUCACUUCACCAUGUUCUGCGGUGAUUUCUCGUUGUCACCAUUUCCUCCACUGGCCUUGGUCUACUCUCUAGCAUAUGUGGCACACGCCAUGGCACCAGAAUUUAUCCAUUGGAAGUCCAGCCGAAUGUUUUUCCACCUGCCAGAUGCGGCACAGGGCGUGCGCUCGACCACUUUCACCAACCUGGAAGCAUACUUGCAGAACAUGAUGACCGCACCCUCCCAAGAGAAGGUCAUGGAGUUCAAAGAAACCUUCACGCUCUUGUCACAGGUGCUUUUUCGCUAUCGUUACGUGGAGCCCAUCCGCCACCGCGCUGACGUGGCGGCCUGCGGCCUUUGCGAUGCGCGGGAUCGUGAACGGCGAAGGGCCGAGCAGCAACAAGCAAAUGCCAAGGUUGCGGUGGCUUUCUGCAUCAUGAGCCGGCGAAGUGCACAUGAGCUGCGCAAGGUGGUACGAGAGACCUGGGGGAAAGGCUUGGCUGGCAAAGCACCGAGUGUCGUGCAGCGCUUCUUUGUGGGGAAGGCUGCGAACACGUCUCAUGCUUUGCAUGAUCUGGACGAUGUCGUGGAGUUGCCAGUGGUGGAGUCCUACCGUACACUGAACAUCAAGGCUUUAUCGAUGUUGUCCUGGGCUCACAAGACGUAUCCCAACUUGCAGUGGUUGGUCAGACAUGACGACGAUGUCUAUUUGAGGGCUCCAGCAUUGCUGGCUCAGCUCUCUAGCAGACCACCGAUCCGAUAUUUCUGGGGCAUGUUCGACCACGGUUCAAGCCCGGUGAGAGAUCCGUCGCAUCAGCACUACAACUCCUACGAACAGUUCCCCAAACAAGAACAUCCGGCCUGGGGCGAUAUUUUUCCGCCCUACGCGAGGGGACUGCUCUGGGCUAUGUCAGCUGACCUGGUAGCCGCGACUGUGAAAGAGUUCAUGGCAGACCGGGAGGAUCAGCCGGACAUCCCCUUGGAUGAGGUGGCUGCAAGUAGUCUUCCCCACCCAGAUGAUCCUGCAGUUGGAGUGCUUAUCGCUGGCUUGGUGCAGCGCGGCAUGUCUGUGAACCUUGAUGACCGGGACUUCAAUUCCUUCUCGCUGAACCCGUCCUGCAAUUCUACUUUCUCCAAUAUCCACAAUCGCACCUGGGUAGUGCACCAUGUCCAGCCAGAGACGAUGCGUUGCAUGUGGGAAUUGGAUAACGCGGAGGAAGCACAGGGCAUUUCGUCGAGCAACUCAGUGAUUGAUGCAUCCAGCCGGAUAUUCCCAGACUUGUGCCUGUGCUCAACUGAUGUGGUGGAGGAGGAAGAUGGCGAGGAGGAGCCUUUCUGGUAUGACAGGCCAAAGACUGCUACAUCUCAGGGCUCCGCAGAUCACAACGGAGCGAGUUUCUGGGAGGAAGUGCAGCGCCGCAGACGUGAGGAAAGACAGAGGCGCCAAUCCACAAGCGAGGUGCAACAGCUCUUGCAGGAGGUUCGAAAGGAGCGCAGAGCAAACCCAGAGUCGGUACAGAGUCCAACAUCAGGCAGCGAAGCCACUGGGCCAGGAUCCGAAAAUAGAGCUUACAGCUUUUCGCCCCCGCGGCAAGCCAGCGAGGUGGAGAAGAUCCUGGCAGAGAUUCGACAAGAGCGCUGCAAAGCUUCUCCAGCCUCAGCGCGGCCAGCGCGGCCGGCGCCAAAGAAAGCACAACGCGUGCGGCCAAAGAAUCCACAGCCAAACCCGGUGGAUUCCCUGCCGCGGCCAAGAAAGGCUUCUCCGGUGCGGAAGCAGCUCUUCAAAGAUGUAUCAUCAAAGACCGAACACUCGCAGUCACAGCAGUUCUCGAUGACUCGCACUAGCAGCUCUUCCACUUCGAGGAGGGAAAGCCCCAGCAGGCUGCUGGAGCUCGGCUGUUUGGGCAAAGGCUGCACUGGCAGCUGGUCUGCUCAGCUGCGUAGUUAUUUGCCUUCUGGAACUCAAGACGAGCCAGAGGCAGAUGACCGCUUUGUCAAGACAGCUGUUCAGGCAUACCCUGCCGGGGGCUGGGACAGCCGAACCAGCUGUCCCCGUUUCUUCGACAAUUUCCCUGGUGGAGUGAUCAAGCGCAACCCAAACGAGACUUUACCACGUGCGCGGAGUCUGCCACGACUGAAGGCAUCCAGGAGCCGAAGCACAUCUCCAGUCUCACCGCGACAGACACCUGAGAACACCACUGAACUGCGCUUCAAAGAAUUGCUGAAGGAUGCACAGAAUGCAGUUCUUCGGGCCACAGAAGAGGCUGCGCUACCUUCCAAAGAGGAGGUGACCGAGGUGACCGAGAUUUCAGAGGUGGUGCCAGCAGAUGUCACAACUGCAGAAUGUGAAAUGCCUGUGAUCGUGGAUUGCUGGACAUUGCUAUUUCCAGCUCUGCGUGCCUUCGUGCCUUCGUCGCGCACUCCGACGGAGGUCACCUACUUCUCUGGCUUUGCAGGCGUGAGACCUGGGCUCAAAGAAGUCAACCAAGUCGACUUGGCCGACCGCAGCGGCAUGUGCAGCCCCAUGCUCAGCGAAUCUUGUGAACGUGGUGCCUUUUUGGGGCUGGGGCUUCUGUCCAGUGCCCAAGCCCGACGUUCCAAGUUCCACUCCGGGAGUUCUCACCGAUUGAAGGUGCAGCUUACGGCUCGGCGGCGCCGCCGUUCCGAGGAUGUGGACAAGUUGGACCCGUUUAAGCAUUUGACACCGAGGGCCGAGGAUUUGGAGCCAGGAGAGAGGCUCUUUCAGCAAGUCUAUCGGCCGAAUAUGCGGGUAGCAGACUUUCCAGAAGAUGAGCAAACAGACCAGGAGGAGCCAGACAACUUCCCAAAGAAAAGAAGGGGCAAAGCAGAAUGGUUGGCUGCCAACCAAGAACUGAAGAAAGAUCCUGCAUACGGAAAGAAGUGGGUACUGGACCCGAGAAAGAGCGGCCCGAAGAAGAAGCGAUGGGCCGUUGGAGAGGUGGUUGAUGAAGUCCAGGACAUCGACAAGGAUGCAUCACGCUUGCGGACCAUGUAUAAAAGACCGCGCUUUGAUUGGAAGGACGCACAGAAGGAUGAUCUUCGAACAGAAGCAAUGUCCGGAAAGAUGGCCGCCAUUGGCAAUGAUGAGGUCUGGAUCUCAAAAUUUUUGUCCCACUCGGGAGUUUGCUCGCGGCGCAGAGUCAAGGAACUUGUGCUGCAAGGUCGAAUUACCGUGAACGGUGAUGUCAUCCAGGAUCCAGUCUUGAAGAUUGACCCAAAGAAGGAUACAGUUGCCGUUGACGGGAAGGUGCAGAACCUCCGAACCCUCGAUGAAUUGGUUUGGGUCAUGCUCAACAAACCCAAGGAUAUACUGUCAACCUUGGAGGAUCCAGCUGGCCGCAAGACGGUCGCAGAUUUGGUGCCCUUCGCACGUGCAAGACGUUUGGUGCCAAUUGGACGGUUGGAGAGAAAUUCCACAGGCAUCAUCCUUUUGACCAACGACUACGAAUGGCACACGGUCUUGGCGCAUCCGCGCUACGAGAUGCCAAAGCGCUACCGUGUGACAGUCUACAACGGAGCACCGGACAGCCAGCGGAUGCAGGCACUGCAAACUGGAUUACAUUUGCCUGAUGAAGGGCGGCCAUGUCUUCCCCUGGAAGAGCUGGAAGUAUUGCAGAAUGAUCGACGACUCGGCAUGGCAACCUUGGGCUUUGUCAUGAAGGAAGGAAAGUACAGGCAGAUCCUCAGGAUGUUUGAGUUCAUUGGGCAUCCCAUCCGAGCAGUCAAGCGCACCCAGAUUGGAUUGGUGAGACUUGACAAAGAGCUCAAGGCCGGGGAGUACAGAAUGCUGACUCCCAAAGAAAUCCGCAGGCUGAAGGGCUCAACGAUCUUAAAGAAGCCAUUGGGUGAUCCGAUUGCAAGGGCCAAGAAGACCGAGAACGUUUUCAGCGGCUCAGAGGAUGACAUUGAAUUUGACGAGCUAGACAGACUGGCAAGCUGCCUCAUGGCCGAAGAAGAGAGGCUCUUGGGCCGACCGUUGCUCCUUGCGUUGCAGAUUGGAUUGAAGGCCUUGAAGGCGGAAGAGGAAGAACCACAGGAAGCCUCCUUGCAGGCCAAGAAAGACUUGCGUUUCACCAGAUGCGUCAGAACUGUACGCGCCAAGAAUAGUGCCAGGGCAGAGGGGGCUCAGCCAGAUAGCCAAGCAGAGAACGAGCCAGCUUCAUGUCUUCUGAAUGCGAUGGCGAAAAGCUUAAGCAGCUUGACUUUCAAACAGCUGGUGCAUCCGGACUUGGCCCGUGGCUUACAAAGUUUAGGCAUUUCGGCACCCAACAGCAUCCAGGCCAAGGCCAUUCCUUUGGGACUCAGUGGGCGUGAUGUGUUGGUUUGUGCGCAAACGGGUUCAGGGAAAACCUUUACUUUUCUGUUGCCCAUUCUGCAGAGGCUUCUGACUGAGACUGAGUCGACAACUGCAGUAAUUGUUGCACCAACUGACCAGCUGGCCCACCAAGUAGCUGCAGUGGCUCAGCAUCUUGUUUCAAGCUGCCAGAAGCGAUACAAGAAGAAUGGACGGCCCAUUGAGCUUUACUCGAAAGACUUUGAGGGCCCAGUAGACGCAAUUGGCGGGCGUCAUUUGUUUGUGGGAACUCCAACAUUUGUUUCCAAGCAUAUGCCCUCCAAGAUUCACAUGUUGGCCAUUGACGAAGCAGAUCUCCUGCUGUGUGAGAGCCAGGUGCAUGAGUCUUAUCUGGACUUGGCCAAUCAAAGGUGCGCGGCGGAGGAACUUCUGCGAGCUACCAGGUCUAUGGACUCGCAGUUGUUCUUAGCGAUGGCUCACCUGACGGAUCAGCGAGAAGAGGAGCUGUUGGCACGAUUUCCGAGCAUGCAGCAGGUCGGCCACACGGGAGUCCUGGUUCCGACCUUGAGGCAAUGCUUUCAUUACUUUAAAGGUGAUGAGGAUGCGAAAACAGCAAAACUCCUGUGGAUCUUAGCGGAAGCUGAGAAGGAGGAGCUGGAGUGUGUCAAUGGUGCAACUUUGAUUUUUGCAGCAUCUCCCGCUAAGGUUGAGCAUCUUCAAGUCCUCCUUGCAAGUGAAAAACCUGGAUUCAAAAUUCUGAGUUUACAUGAGAAUUCGAAAAGUGUUCAAGAGGUGUCAGAAUGUUUUCGCAGUGGCACUGCACAAGUCCUCGUUGCCACAGAUAUGUCUGUGCGCGGGCUGGAUUUUCCACUCGUCCGUCAUGUGAUUUUGUACGACCUCCCUGUAGAUGCAACUGCGUUUGUCCACUGUGCAGGCCGCACGGCUCGUUCAGGAAAUACCGGGCUGGUGACGUGCAUUGUUGAAGCUGGAGAUCACGACUUCAACACUGACGAGGUCUACGACCAUGAGUGUGACGACACUGGUGACUAUGAGGCUGAGUUCGGCUACUACCAGAACGACCCUGAUGGACUUGCAGCUGAGCCGGUGGAGUCCUUCGACGUGGAGGCCUAUGAUGAGGCUUUUGCAGCCUACUUGGAUGCUCGAAAGAGAUUCAGCGACUUGAAAUUGUCGCGCGGCUUCCUGCCGGUGGUGGCACUGUCAGAUCCAUCAGCUGGCAACUUGUCGCCCGGGACUUCAUCGCCGACAAGGUCAUCAGGAGGUGGAUCCCCAAAGGGAAAGUCUUUCAAAGGUGGUGGAAAAGGGAAAAGCAAGAAAGGAAAAUCCAACAUCUACAAGUACGACAAGCCACCCAUGAAGGCGGCUCAACCAAAUCAGAAAGCUGCAGCAAUGCUUCAGUGCUUGCGAUGUGGUCAACCUGGACACUUUGCGGCGAACUGCCCCAUCAAAUCCAAAGGUUCAAAACGGCCUGCAACUGAGUCGAUGGCUCGACAUGGACAUGAUGAGAAUGCCAUGGUGACGUUCGUUGACAAGAACGGCACCGAGAGGCUCGACGAUGAGGAAGCCAUGGAUGAUGGCGAUGGACCUGGUGAUGAUGGGGAUGACUGGUUUCCAAUGGAGCCACCAACCACCAGAAGGCGCCUCAGUGAGGACGCGGGGGAUGAUCGCCCGGUCUUGGACUUGACCGGUGAGCGGUCGGGCUUGGACUCUCAGCCCUCGGCAUUGGACUUUGCCGGUCCUCAUGCGGCCCCUGAGGUUGAGAGGAGCCCAACGUUGAGCCACCUCAUCCUGGCACUGUGCCCAACUCACCUGGACGUGAUCCACGAGCUCUUCAACCUGAUUCACUACAACCUCAACAUCCACAACAACCUGGACAUCAAGAACCUCCUUCAGUACCACGGCAACCUGAUUCACUACAACCUUCAUCAACACCUUCACAACCACAUCAACCUCCUGGACACGAUCUACAACUUGAUCCUUCGAUGGCGAGGCUCUAUGAACCUGCUGGACCAGAAGAUCGAUUUCGACUUCAACGCCAACGACUUGAUCAACAAGAAGCUGCGAUUUUUGGGCCUAUUCGACGUCAUCGAGAUCAACAUCAACGACCCUACGAUCGAGAUCUACCUGGAGAUGCUGAUGGUCCAACUGAAGGCUAUGUGCAGGCCUUCGACAUCACUGGGACUCAAGGAGAACAUCUACCUGACGGAUGGCACUGUUAAAGCUGGCUGUGUCAUUCGACAUCAUCGACGUCCUCGACGAGCUCUCUUCAAACUCAAGGACUACAUGGACACUCCGGUCGAUCCAGAGCUGCUGGAUGGACUUCGCACAACUGUGCUCUGGAAAGCUGAUGGCAGUUUUGAGAUCAUCAGCGACAAGGAGUUUGACAACAAGGUCAUCGACAAGGAGUGGACUGGCUGUACGAUCUUUCAGAUCACUGGCAAAGCUCGUCGGGAAAUGGGGAUGUUUGCAAACCUUCCUGCAAAGAAACUUGGACGCGAGGCCAAAACCAAAAUGGCCCGCCAACAAAAGAAGGUCGACAAGGGUGGUGUCAAUGAGCGACAUCUUUGUGCUGCCGACCGUGCCAAGUUCCAAGAAGCCAAACGGAAGGAACUGGAAUCCUUCUUUCACAACCAGGUGAGCUCAGAUGGGUCAGCAGUGCGCGCCAAUGGGCUGAUGGACUUACAAAGUCAUGGAAGAGUUGGAUUCUACUGGGAUCCGAGCUAUGUGGCUGCGAAGAAAAAGACUGCUGCCGAGAGUCAGCAAAACAUGGAUGCUCAUGCUGCACCUCCUCCGAAGAGACUGCGAAAGAUCGACGAAGAUGUGAUGGAAGAAGAAGCUGAACCUGGUGAGACCUAUGAGAAUGUGGAUGAGAACAUGCCAAACGAAACCUAUGAGACUGAAGAUGAGAACAUGCCAACCGAGACCUAUGAGAAUGUGGAUGAGAACCUGCCAACGGAGGCCUAUGCCUACAUGGUCUACACCAACGACAUGCUUGACUAUGUGGACGUUGCCUUCUCAAAGUCCAAGGACAUGAUGGAAAAUUCGGAAGCGAUCCUCAAUGGGAUGCGCACCUACACCACGGACAUUUUGUCCCAAACCGGCAUUUUGCCGAACCUUUUGAGCUUGCUGGCCUACAUCGUUUCUUUGAAGAUGUUUUUGGGCCUGCUGCUCCUGGCUGCCAUGGCCUACUUGGUCCAGAAAUACGUGAACCACAAGAUGGAGAAAUCGUAUCAAGCUGGUUUUCAAGCUGCUCGGGAUGAAGCCUACCAUGAGGUUCAACAGAGCCGAGGCUUAGCCAUCGUGAUGGGUGGCAUGGAAGACACCUACGUGCGAGUCCGGGAGCAGUAUCGAGAAUUUGCUCGACGGCGGCGAAUUCUGGAAGAUGCAGAUGUGCAGCGUGAUGCUGCAAUUCCUGUCUGCAGGAGAGCCUUGCUUGAGGCGGUGGAGCAUGCGGACAUUUGCCCCAUGGGCGACCUGAUUUGGGAGAUGGAUGGCACCUGGCACUCUCAGCCUCAAUGUGCCGACCUGCCGGCAUACAGAGCCGGUGCACCCAGAUAUGGAACGCCUGGGAGCCCUGUGACAGUGCUUCGACCUUGCACUACGUGCUCAUCAGGGACACCAACACCACAUAUCCCUGACAGGCAUGGAACGACCUUGCUGCGAGAGCUGGAAGCCUGGAUCAUAGAUCAGGGCACAAACGCCUGGCCGCUGACUGGACCAUAUGCUGAUG